AUGAAGGAGCUGUCCCCUGACGCCCUGCUGCUGUCUCUGGCUCAUGUGUGUUUCCUGUGCAGUUUUCUGGACGCUGUUCGCUCUCAGGACGCUGCAGGUGAUGACGCGCUCCGCCGCGGGUUGACAUGGCAACACAACGGGCAGGUCUUCAGCAUCCUGAGCCGUGGCGCUCAGUACCGGCCGUCCGGCAGGAGGCAGCCCGGGUCGCCCCGCCGCGGCGAGCCCGUGGUGGUCCUCAGCAGCAGCAACGACACGGCCCCUGCCGCGCCGUCCCGGGGCUCCCCGCGCGUCCCCGCCACCAGCGGCGCCGCGCAGUUACGCACGAUGAUGCGCCAGCACCCGCCGCCACUGCCUGCCAGAGACGGAGAGUCAGCCCCGGGCAGACCGGAGGACGGGAUGGUCGGGGAUGACCCGUAUAACCCGUACAAGGCUUCUAACUACUACCCCUACUAUAACUACUACAACUCGUACUACAGACCCAGACCCAGGACCCAGCCCCACCACGGCUACGGGACCAGCUACCACCAGAACGGUCUGCCUGACCUGGUACCCGAUCCGUACUACAUCCAGAUCGCCACCUACGUCCAGAGGAUGGCCAUGUACAGCCUGCGCUGUGCUGCCGAGGAGAACUGCCUCGCCUCCUCCUCCAGUUACUCCAGUGAUUAUGACACGCGGGUGUUGUUGCGGUUCCCUCAGCGUGUGAAGAAUCAGGGAACAGCUGACUUCCUGCCCAGUAAACCUCGAUACGCCUGGCAGUGGCACAGCUGCCACAAUCACUUCCACAGCAUGGAUGAGUUCAGUCUGUACGAGCUGCUGGACUACCAAACGCAGCGGCAGGUCGCUGAGGGCCACAAGGCCAGCUUCUGUCUGGAGGACACGUCCUGUGACCCGGGCUACUACCGCCGCUUCGCCUGCACCUCACACACCCAGGGUUUGAGUCCUGGUUGCUAUGACACCUAUAACGCUGACAUUGACUGUCAGUGGAUCGACAUCACAGACGUCUCUCCUGGAAAAUACAUCCUGAAGGUUACAGUAAAUCCCCGUCAGCAGGUUCCAGAGUCCAACUUCAACAACAAUGUGGUGCGCUGUGACGUCCAGUAUACCGGGACCGCCGCCCACGUCUCCGGAUGCACCAUGACCUCCUAUUGAGAUGAAUUCUGCGUAACGAGCUGCAACACAAAUGGAGGAAACGAGGAACGCUGCAGAAGAACGAAGCUUAAAGUUGACGUGACGUAAAUAAUUCAAUAAUAACCAGAUUAAAACAGAUUUUUUGGGAGCAUAAAGUGAUAAACAGCUGAUUCUUCACUGACAAUAAGGCCUGUCAGGAUAACAACAAUCUGGACUUAUGAGCAGGAUAAUUGUGUCUUCUUGGAUGUAAGAAUCCUUUUAUAUUAUCAUUGUAUCAGCGGUAUAAAUUGGUCUUAAAAUUACAAUAAUGUGGUCAUUUCUGUGACCAUAUAUCAAAUAUAGUGAUUGUGACAGGCCUGAUAACAUUAAAUAAGUUUAACUCUCUGGGUUUAGGGUUUUUGUUAAGAAGUAUUUCUGCUACAUGUUUUUCUGUGGACACUGAGUGGGUUUAUUUCAUGUUUUUUAGUCUAAUUUUUUAAUGAAAGAACACAAGAACGUUCACACACACAGCCGGAGGUCAGAGAGAGAAGACGAAUCUGCCAUUUUAGACUUUUUAUUAAAGUUUUUUCUGAUGCUUCUCAUCAGCAGGAAAAAGAUUUUUUUAUGCUGUUGAUGUAAGAAAUUUGUUUUCUGAAGAAGUAACUUUAAUGCUGAGAAAACAGCUUAAUUUUUCCACGAUAUCAAGAAAUUUCUACUUUGUUUUCUUCAGUGACUGGACCUAUUUCAUGUUUUACAUUUUUUAUUAAAAAAUAUGGGAACAAUCCCAGACAUGGCUGAAGAUCAGAGGGAAUGUUAAUAAAUGUUGCAGCUUAAAAAAAUGUUCUAUUUAGCUUUCUCAUCAGAAGAAAUCACAUAAAAACUUUUUUUUUUUACCAAGAAAAAGUUACAUUUUUUUCAUGAUAUAGAGAAAACAGUUGUCUUUAUCAUUUUCUGAUCUUAAUCUCCACUUAAACCACUUUCUCAUGAUCACACACUAAUCAUUUGUUGUGCUCACACAUAGAAUCAGUAACUUGCAUUUGUGUUGUCUCUGUAGAUUUCUCUUAUUCUAUAUGUGUUUUACUGACAUUUUAAUGUUAAUUUAAUGUUGUAAAAUUCUAGAAUUCCAGUUUCAGGGCAUACUGAAACACUUUCAUAACACUUUCUGAUCUAAAUUUCCUGUAAGUUCUAGUUAUUUCACUCAAACAGGUUUAUUGGUGCUGUAGACUAGAUGAUUUAUUUUUGUUGCUAAAGUUUUUCACUUCGCACAUUUCGUCCUCAAACUGAAUUUAAUCAGAAUUGAACUCACCAGAGGGAC